GGGGCGGGGCUCGUCCACCCGUAUAAGGCUCGGGGCCGCCGCGGGGCGCGCUGGAGCUCAGUCGCCGCCUCUGCUGCCACCACCAUGCCGCCUUACACGAUCACCUACUUCCCCGUUCGAGGGCGCUGCGAGGCCAUGCGCAUGCUGCUGGCCGACCAGGAUCAGAGCUGGAAGGAGGAGGUGGUGACCAUGGAGACCUGGCCUCCUCUCAAGCCCUCCUGCCUGUAUGGACAGCUCCCCAAGUUCCAGGACGGAGACCUCACCCUGUACCAGUCCAAUGCCAUCCUGCGCCACCUGGGCCGCUCCUUUGGACUGUAUGGAAAGGACCAGAAGGAGGCGGCCCUGGUGGACAUGGUGAAUGACGGCGUGGAGGACCUCCGCUGCAAAUAUGCCACCCUCAUCUACACCAACUACGAGGCAGGGAAGGAGAAGUACGUGAAGGAGCUGCCCGAGCACCUGAAGCCCUUUGAGACCCUGCUGUCCCAGAACCAGGGGGGCCAGGCCUUCGUCGUGGGCAGCCAGAUCUCCUUUGCCGACUACAACCUGCUGGACCUGCUUCGGAUUCACCAGGUCCUGAACCCCAGCUGCCUGGACGCCUUCCCUCUGCUCUCGGCCUACGUGGCCCGCCUCAGCGCCCGGCCCAAGCUCAAGGCCUUCCUGGCCUCCCCCGAGCAUGUGAACCGCCCCAUCAACGGCAACGGGAAACAGUAAGGGCUUUGUGGCUGGAGGCGGGAGCCGCCUGCUUCCCUUUCUCCAGGACCAAUAAAAUUUCCCAGAAAAGCA